AUGAACCGCAGCGCGCUGGACCUGCACCGCCUGAGCUUCAGCACCUUCCUCAUGGACGAGGUGGCGGCGCCCCCCGUGCAGCUGCAGCGCGUGACGCGGCGCGCGCCGCCGCCGCCCUUGCCGCCGCUGCGCGCGUCCUCCACGGCCGCGCCCAGCAGACGCCGCGGGGAGUCGGACGGCGACAUCCCCGUGCUGGAGGCGGAGCGCGACAGCAGCGGCUUCCGCCUGGACGGCGCCGACCAGGCCGAGGUGGACGUGCCCAGCGACGGCGAGGACUCGGGCUCGGGCCGCGCGCGCGUCGUCGUGGGCGAGUACGACGCCGAGGAGGACGACUUCGUGCCCGUGCUGCAGACCGCCGAGGACGCGCGCGCCGCGCACCGCCACAUGGGCAGCAAAAAGUUCUCGUGGCGCGUCUCGGCGCGGCGCGGCGUGCCCACGGGCCGCGCCGUGCGCGUGCCCGACCAGGAGACGCUGCUGCGCAUGUCGGCCACGCGCACGGAGCUGUCGGCCAGCUACGCGAGCAGCAACUCGCAGGGCUCGCGCAGGAACUCGGCGUCCGUGCGCGUCGACCGCGAGAUCGUGCGCAGCGGCUGGCUCUACAAGCAGGCCAACGUCAUGUACGUGGGCGCAGUGCGAGGAUUGAUGGUAGAGUUGAGCUAA